AUGGAAUUUGAAGAGCUGCCGUUGGAAAUUUGGCUAGAGUUGGCCGGUUAUUUGAAUAUUACAGAUCUGUUACAUUUAAGGGUUACCAAUAGACGCAUAAAACGAAACAUAACUCAACCUUCCUUAUGGAAAAAACUCUGCAAUAAUCACUGGAUAGAUCAAUUAAGAGUAGAGGAAGAAAUAUACAGAGUUCCAACUAAAUCUUGUAGAAACUACCGAGACAUCGAUGACUGGUGUAAAUAUGGGAGACGCUGUUAUCAUUCAGAUAACCACAUCUUACAUCGUAUUGAAAAGUUAACUAAAACAUAUUCUUCAUCAACGUACUGGAACAAAUUUGAUAUUAUAUUGAAAAAUAAUUAUGAUGCAAUGAUCCCCAUUUUAACCAAGAUUAUUACACAGGAAUAUGACAUACAUUCACCGCACAAUUUCUCGUUUGAUGUAAGAACUUGUGCACAACAAUUACUCGACUAUUUGAGACACGAAAAGUACUUUGAGAACGUAUGGUAUCAAUCAUUUUUUAACACAACAAAUUGUGGCCAGACAGAGUCAGUAUUCAUGGAUUUUUCAAUGUUGGAUCCUAGUUUUGAUAGAUUGGCUCCUCAUAUUUUAAGAGUAAGAAAUACUGUUGACUCAUUAUUAUUAGCCAAGUAUAAUAACCGUUUGGAGUCACUUUAUUCUAUUAGACCUGCUUUGAGAGUUGAAAUUAUUGCCAAGGAAUUGUAUAAAGUAUUGAAAGUGGGUUCAGUAGAUAAAAUUACAACGGAUAGAAAAUAUUACAACGAGGAUUAUUUCCUUUCAAGAAUAUAUGCAGGUGAAGCUCUUGGUCAUCCAUUAUUAAUACUUGUCAUCAUUCAAUCCAUCUGUCGAAGAUAUAAAGUUGAGACAUCAUUAACCGAAUAUUAUUUAGCAAUUAUAGAUAAUAAUUUACAAUCAGGUGGGACCUUAUUGGGUGUUGAUCCAAACACCCUAACUAGACAGUAUUUUACAAAUCGAAGUUUUGUUAAAAUGUUAUGUAGGGAAACGCAACUAGAUGAACAAACUGUGAUCGAUAGCAUUGUUCCUAAUUUAUUGAAGCCUUUGACUGUAGAAACAUGUAGAUACAACUUAUUCUGUGAUAUUUCUGUGGAAUGCAAGGGAAGCAUAUCAGACGCUUGUAACCAAGAGGGCGUCUCAUCUGGAGAUGUGCAUUCGAUGAACAUCCGAUAUGAACAUAUUAUGAAAUAUUUCCCUCAUAGUAAGCAACAGAUACCCAAUAAAAUAAUGAAAUAUAUAGAAAGUAUUGAUGAGAGAGUACUACAACUCGAUGGACAUAAUGAAGAAAACUCGAUUAAGUUAGAUGUAAGAUCUUUGAAACGUGAUAAAGAAUAUAAAGAACUAUUAAAAAUAGUGAAGAACACGUACCCUAGCGAUUGUGUUCAUAUAUUUUCACCUGGUCUUAUUAAUGAAAGUUAUACCUAUCUUGAUUGGUUAAUGGACAGCCGUUCCAUUUCUAUUGAUCCAAAUGAAUUGUCACAAGAAAACAAUUUUGGGACAUUUUCAACUUACAGAGCCACAGAAUUAGUAUGUGUGUUAACACCAUUAUACAAGUUAACGGAUCUACAAUACGUCACAAUUAUGGAUUGUGUAGGAGAUGUCAAGAUAGUGAGUUCUAACCUAGUAGGAGACAUUCUUCAAGAUAACUCUCAAAUUGAAAAAUUUCUACAAAUUAUAAUGCCACAUAACGAACUUGGUUAUCUAUUCGAGAGUGUCGAUUGGACUACGGGACGUCUCCUGAUAAAUGAUCGAAUACGAUCAUCCUUUCAAUCGAGAUCAAUUAGUCCGGGGGGUGCUAUUGUAUUUGAAGCGGAUCAUGUACCUGUAUAA